AUGGAGGCACAUCUCAAAGACUUGAACUUCGCAGAAAUAAGGAAACGCAUAGAGCAAGAUAAGGCCCAAGUUGAAAGAGUCGCCAAAUGGAUAUGUGCGAACAACCUUUGCAUAAGUUUACAAAUGUUGGCAAAAUGCAAAAAUAGGGAGAAGCCAAAUCUGAAUAUGAAUCUAAUGGACGAAUUAGAUGAACAAAUUGGCAACCCAAAAAAUGAAGAAUUACUGUCUUGCAUAAAAAUAUAUGUCUCCCUUUUGGAACAAAUUAUUCUCCAUUAUAAGGAACUAGACGUAGAAACCAAUAAAAAGAUAUUUGAAAUUUAUACGACUGUAUCACUGAGGGUUUUGAUUUUUUCCAACCAUGAUUUUGCACCCUUCAUGGAAAGGUCCUUACUUGCCCUGAUUAGAAAUAUACAUACGAAAAAGCAACACACCUGCCGCCAUAAAAAUGCAUAUUCUUAUAACCUCUUAAAUUGUCUGCACAAUCUUUAUUUCUUCAUCUACCUACCUGAUUUUAUUUUUCUGCAUUGCUUACUAAUUUAUUUGUGCUCGAAUGUUAAUUUCGGUGGGAGCGCUACAAUGGGAAAGAAGAAGGAGGAGGAUAAAUUAGUUGUCGAUACUUUGAGAAAAAUUAGUCAGCUCUUUGAAAGACUCAUCUUUCCCCUGAAUAGCAAAAAAACUGUUCAUGGAGAGACCCCCUUUGAUGAAAGCCGCUCACCAGGACAGUUCCGUCCAGACCAUAUUCACCGAAUUUCAGACACACUCAACAAUAUGGACACAAAAAUUAUCUACAAGAGAGGAAGGACGUUCAAAUUAAUGUAUGAAAAUAUUUGCUCCACAUUUGACACCAAUAAAUAUCCAAUUAAUGAAAUAGAAUUUGACCAGAAUUACUCCCCAGAAAAUGUAAACGUAAAUAACUUCCUCCUGCUACUGAAAAUUAUGUCCCCCAACUUUAUCGCGUGGGUAUCAAAAAAAAAGGAAAAAGAAGAAGUAGCAGGAGAAGGGGGUGAAACUCCCAGAGGGAUAAUCCCCAUUCUGGAAAAAUCACAAACACAGUGCUAUUCCUUCAGGUACUUGUACAUUAUAGACACCUCACAAAGUUAUCCCUACGCGAAGGAAGCUUUUGACACCAUUUUCUUUUUCCACUUUUUGCUCCACGCACUGUAUAAGAUGGGAAAGGAUAAAUGGGGAAACCAAAUUGACCAGCUAAUGUCCAGCACAAUAAGCAACGGCCGUGAUGUUCUGGAAAGGAAUUAUUACUCCCCAGGCGGAUGGACCCCCACACGAAUUCGCCACAUUAGAAAAGUGGACAAGGUGGAACACAUGAAGGAGAGAGAAAAGGAAAAGCGGGAAGCAGAUGCACCGGCGGAGGGAACCACUUUAGGAGACCCAUCUAAUGAGAAUAUAAUCGGGGGCGCUACCAAACUUACGGAAAAUUCGACACAUCCAGGAGAGGACAUCCCGAACGGCGCGCCCCCCACGAAAUUACGCAACCUUCCGGAACAGGAAAAGACAGCUCUCCCGGAUGCUAUUUUCAAAAAUAGGGAUAAACUGAUGCUCAAAUUGAAGAGCCUUCUCAUUUGGGGAUACACCCCAGCAGAUGAUGUCGAAGAAUGGAACUUUCUAAACUCAGCAAAUUGCUUCAUCUUCACGGAUGACGCAUGGAGUAGGCUUUACAAAAAGGGGAAUUACCUACAAGAAUAUUUAUUCAAGAAAAAUAAUUUUUUUACAUAUAAUUACUCCGUUUUUAAAAGCACAUACGAGUGCAAAACAUUGAGUUUUAAGUACAUGGAUUUUUUCUCCUCUUUUGCUGCCCUACUGGUACUUAACAUUGUAUCAGCACUAACCAAAUUUUACCUGAAGAUGGAGGAAUUAUAUAACCAGGAGGCGAAAAAAAAAGAUUCUGAAGAAGAUUCCAACGCGCAAAGUGAACAAGACAACUCUUUGUCAUAUGAAACGCGAGAUUCUUCCUCCGUAGUUGAAGAAGCAAACCCGAUUGGAAAGAACAAAAUGUAUAUGCCCCCCGAGAUGGACGCAAAAAAUGGGGAACAUACAAAGAAAUGUAAUAAAUGUGGAAGAUCAGACAUAUUUGAAAUUUCGCCUAACAAACUUAACAAAGAUGUUAUGAGUGGAAACCUCCUGUUCAUUCGUCUACAAACGAGUGAAAAGGUAGAAUCUCUUCUUAACGACUUUGUUUUUAUCUGCUUCAAAUUGAUCAGCUGUCCUUCUGAUGAUGUGCAGUCCAAGUGCCUGUCAGUUCUAUCUCGUCUCACGCCGAAUAUCAGCAAGGUAAGCGAUUUGUAUAUAAAAUAUAUGAACACAAAAAUAGAGAAAUUAUUUGCCCUCAUCGAUGGAUGGGAAAACUAUUAUGAUUAUACGGGUAAAGGGUGCUACUGCUGGAAGAACCAAGUUGUCCAAAAUUAUGUUCACCUGAAAUGCAAAAUGGACAAAAAGAUAAACACCAACUUGAUAAAAUCAUUGCAAAAGCUAAUAAAUAUCUGUACCUUCAAAAAUUACAAUAAAGAUAUAUGUGUAAUAGUUUGUAAAAAUAUCAUUACAUGCUUUUAUUAUCACCCAUUGUUAUUCCCAUUUUUAUUACAUAAAUAUAUGAACGUGCUUUUUUACCUCAUGGAGACAAACGAUGUCGACGUGGUGGCAGAUUCGUUGAGGUGUCUUUUCUUACUAUUCCAGAUAAAUUCGGAAGAUGUUAAAAUAUACUGCCACGAUAUUGUGUACAGAUUGCAUCUACUCUUCAAUAUUUUCAACCAAUCCGACUUAACUGAUUUGGAAAAGAAAGAAAAAAAUACCCACCUGGAGGACACCCAGGUAAAGAGCAAUGCUGAAGAAGACAUCUCCACCAGUGUCACUUAUUUUUUAAAAAAGUUUUAUUUUCAAAUUAAACAUGUAGAUAGGGCCAGCUCAGAAAUUCUGAUGCUCAUGAAACUUAUUCUGCGUUGUAUAUAUUAUGCAAUUUCUUCCACAGAAUAUUAUCAGCUCAUUCGUAUAUUUUCAGACGACCCGUUGGAAUAUCAAAAAUAUUCGAAAGGCUUCCACGUUUUUGCCACUUUCUAG